CCUCUCUCCUUGUCGCAAAAAGCUAUGCGUGUAGAAAUCCCCAUUGCCUCCCACAUCCGACCUCUCGGAGACCUGCCCGCCUAUCUCCCCCAUUCGCUCUCUCUCUCUCUCUCUAUCCAUAUUUUCGAAGAAUCCUGAUCUCAAAGAGAGGGUUUAUAUAUUAUUAUUGUUAUUAUUAUUUCCUUUUUGGAUUUCUCCGUUCGAUGGCUGCUCCCCCUGCUAGAGCCCGAGCCGAUUAUGACUAUCUCAUUAAGCUUCUCUUGAUCGGCGAUAGCGGUGUGGGCAAGAGUUGCCUUCUUUUGCGUUUCUCUGAUGGUUCCUUCACAACUAGUUUUAUCACUACCAUUGGUAUUGACUUUAAGAUAAGAACCAUUGAGCUUGAUGGCAAAAGGAUUAAGCUUCAAAUUUGGGAUACAGCUGGGCAGGAGCGGUUCCGAACAAUCACAACUGCUUAUUAUCGUGGAGCUAUGGGUAUUUUGCUGGUCUAUGAUGUUACUGAUGAAUCAUCUUUCAACAACAUUAGGAAUUGGAUUCGCAACAUUGAGCAACAUGCUUCUGAUAAUGUUAACAAGAUAUUGGUAGGGAACAAGGCUGACAUGGAUGAAAGCAAACGGGCUGUACCAACAUCCAAGGGCCAAGCACUCGCUGAUGAGUACGGGAUCAAAUUCUUUGAAACUAGUGCAAAGACGAAUCAAAAUGUGGAGCAAGUUUUCUUUUCAAUAGCAAGGGAUAUAAAGCAAAGGCUUUCUGACACUGACACCAAGGCUGAGCCUGCAACAUCAAAGAUUCAUCUAGACCAGGCGUCUGGAGCAGGUCCAGCUGCCCAGAAAUCAGCUUGUUGCGGUUCUUAAAAGCAAAUCAUUUCCUAGUGGGGGCAUGAAUUACGGGUUGCACUUUUGUUGAAAAACGGAGAUGGACAAGAACCAGUGCUGAUAACGGAAAAAAAGGGGGCUUGUAAUUUAUCUCAUUUGUCAUUCUUUUCAAUCUUGUUUUAGUGUGUUAAAUUGCAGUUUAUCAUUAUAGAAUAUUAUUCGUGUCA